ACGUGACCCUCCAGCUGAUUUCGUUGUAUGUAGUGUUUAGCUUUCCGUGUUCUGUUUGUAGCCAUUGCUGCACGGUGGUGUUCACAUCAUAAUCGUCGUGUUUUUGUUUUUAUAAACCUGCCGCGAUGGCUCAUACAGCACAAGCAAAUGCCUUCGACGCCAAUAACCCUCAAAUCCAGGUGGAACACGACAAAAAGCGUCGACAGUUUGUCAUAAGACUAAACGGGUCCCACGAUCGUGCAGUUCUUCUGUAUGAAUACGUUGGGAAGAAGACGGUGGACCUGCAACACACUGAAGUUCCAGAUGCUUACAGAGGGAGAGGAAUUGCCAAACACCUGGCCAAGGCGGCCAUGGAUUUUGUGGUGGAAGAAGAUCUGAAAGCUCACCUGACCUGUUGGUACAUCCAGAAAUAUGUCAAAGAGAACCCUCAACCUCGUUACUUCGAACAUAUUUACCAAUAACCUCAUGUGGUGCCAAAAGACAGGAGAGAAAGAGACUCUCAGAACUGAGGUAUGCUUUGGAUUUAAAGGCUUACAUACAAAAAAAACCCAAGACCUUCCAGGCAUUGUUAAAAGAAGGUCGCUGAUCACCUUGCAAGAAACUCCAACGCUGACUUGACUCAGUCACAUCUACCCACAACAAGGGGAGGCUUCUUCGGCAGAAAACAGGACAGCAAUCAGCUGACUUGAGCCUAAACUCUAUCAGAUGGAAAAGCUUCAGGAUAUGAAUUCUUCACCAGUGUGUGUGCAUGAAUGAAACGGGUGUCGCAUUUAAUUUGCUCACAGGUAGAAGGUAGACAUUAUGAGCUGUCUGACCCUUUGUUUUCCUUCAUGGCGGUUUGACCGAAUUCACUUUUUCACAUAAUUCGGCGUUUGUCUUCAUUUAACCUUCCCUCUGCCGGCGUGUUGUGACUAUUUUUCCACUGGCGUUAUGACUUCAAAUGUGUAAAAAUGUAAAUGAUCCAAUAAUACCUUGCGCUGGAUUAGAAGAAAUCAGACAAAUCAUUAGUAUGCAAAAAAUGCAUUUUCAGCCUCACAAAUUUCUAAAGGAGGCAGUUUGUCAAACUUAAUGUUGGAACAUCUUUUAAGUGUCUUCUUGGGCUGAAUUUUAGUUGCAAAUGCAUAUUUGGGGUAUAUUAAGGUGUCUAAAAUAAUAUACCAUAUAUACAUGUCCAUGCGAUUUCCCCCACGUAUUUACCUGGUCCUUUUUCUUUCUUUCCUGUUUGUCUGAAGUGAUCCAGUCUUCCCAGAAAUGUAACCACUUUAUCAAAGGGGGCGGGGGUGUCAUACAUUGGGUUGGUAAAGCAAAAGCUUUAUUAAUAUUUUCAUUUUAUUUUUUUUUAGUCUGUAAAGAGUACAGAUGAAACUACAGGACGCAAGCCUUUUUAUUUAUGACAGCCUGUCACUGUGACACGUGCAAAUGGACAAAAACCAGCAUUUUAAGGACAGCACGGCUGCAUCCAGGGCAUUUAUAUUCAAGUUUAACGACAUCCUUUGUUGAUUCUGGAACUUGAAACUGGAUGGCUGAAGUUUACACAC